AUGAAGGCCGCCACAGAUGGCAGCGUGCUGCGGAUCACUUUGCAAGGGACCGUGGACAUCCAAGUUGUUGCACUUGGAGUCGUGAACACAGUGAGACUCCUCAAUGUUCAGUACGCGGAAAACCUCGAGUGUAACAUCCUUUCAUUCGGAUUGCUUGAGGCCAAAGGUUGCGUGCUAGAAUAUCGAGGAGAGGGACGUGUGUUGUCCUCUGGUAUAGGCGGAACGCCCAUAAUGGAUGUGGAAUAUCACAACAACGUCUUGGUUGUCGCUGUGACGAAACGCAGCGAUCUUAAUUCCAAGCUACCACGAGAGACAACGAUGACUGUCAUUAAUCCACCUGAACAUGAAUUUGUCUCGAACGUUCAGUGUGGUACCUUGAUGGACUUUCAUCGGCGCCUAGGACAUCUUUGUUUCGACACGAUUGUCAAGAUGGCCAAAGACCCGAACUCUGGCGUACCAUUGACAGAUUUGAAACGUCAAAAGUGUCUGGCCUGUGCCAAGGAAAAGCAGACCAAGAGAGUUUAG